AAAAAAAAAAAAAAAGGGACUGUAGAGAAGAAACAACGGUGCGAGGAGAUGGCGAGCUCAGUGACGCUGCUUCUAUGGAGUCUUCUUCUUCUCGGAACCCUAAGCGCUAUUCAGGCCAAAAAGUCUAAAGAAAACGUGAAGGAGAUCACACACAAGGUUUAUUUCGAUGUCGAAAUUGAUGGGAAAGCAGCCGGUCGUAUUGUCAUGGGUCUAUUUGGCAAGACAGUCCCCAAAACUGUCGAGAAUUUCCGAGCUCUAUGCACAGGGGAGAAAGGAAUAGGUAAGAAAGGGAAGGCUCUCCAUUACAAGGGGAGUUCAUUCCACAGGAUCAUACCAAGCUUUAUGCUUCAAGGAGGCGAUUUUACACAUGGAAAUGGAAUGGGAGGAGAAUCUAUCUAUGGUGAGACGUUUGCUGAUGAGAACUUCAAACUCAAGCAUACUGGUCCAGGGUUCCUAUCAAUGGCAAACGCCGGUCAAGACACCAACGGAUCACAGUUUUUCAUCACAACUGUAACAACUAGCUGGUUGGAUGGGCGGCAUGUGGUAUUCGGGAAGGUAGUGACGGGAAUGGAUGUGGUGUACAAAAUCGAAGCUGAAGGAAAUCAGAGUGGAACUCCUAAGAGUAAAGUGGUGAUCGUGGACAGUGGUGAACUUCCUCUGUAACUCAGCUCUCAUUCCUCUGUAACUCAGCUCUCAUGGAGUUUUCUCCAUCUGAUCCUCCAUUGAUGUGAGCUCUAGUGCUUGAUGACUUUUGUUAAAACGGAUCUCUGAGUCACUUAACGAAAGAUUCUACCGUUCUGGCUUUAUUUUUACCGUCUGCUUUUUACACAA